CCGCGCCUCCCGGUCCCCCCAGCCGCACUUCCGGUCCCCCGGGUUCCCAGUCCGCCGGAACUGUGCUGCGGCGCCGCAGGUUCCCGCCCGGAAGAGGCGGCGGGCGCUGCUGAGCGGCACCAUGGCGCGGUCGGCGAACAAGGCAGCUGUUGUGCUGUGUAUGGAUGUGGGCUUUGCCAUGAGUAACUCCUUUCCUGGUGAAGAAUCUCCAUUCGAUCUGGCAAAGAAGGUGAUGACCAUGUUUGUGCAGCGACAGGUGUUUGCUGAGAGCAAAGAUGAAAUUGCAUUAGUCCUUUUUGGUACAGAUGGCACCGAGAAUGCCCUUGCUUGUGAGGAUCAGUAUCAGAACAUCACAGUGCACAGACACCUGAUGCUACCAGACUUUGACUUGCUGGAGGACAUUGAAAGCAAAAUCCAACCAGGUUCUCAACAAGCUGACUUCCUGGAUGCACUCAUUGUGUGCAUGGAUGUGAUUCAACAAGAAACUGUAGGAAAGAAGUUUGAGAAGAGGCAUAUUGAAGUGUUCACUGACCUCAGCAGCCCAUUCAGCAAAGAUCAGCUGGAUACUAUAAUUCAUAACUUGAAGAAAUCCAACAUCUCCCUGCAAUUCUUUUUGCCUUUCCCAAUUGGCAAGGAAGAUGGAACUGGGGACAGAGGAGAUGGCAACUUGCCCUCGGACAACCAUGGGCCCUCCUUUCCUCUAAAAGGAAUUACUGAGCAGCAGAAAGAAGGCAUUCGGAUGGUGAAAAAGGUGAUGACGUCUUUAGAAGGUGAAGAUGGGCUGGAUGAAAUUUAUUCUUUCAGUGAGAGUCUGAGACAACUGUGUGUCUUUAAGAAAAUUGAGAGGUCUUCCAUGGCCUGGCCCUGUCAACUGACCAUUGGCUCUAAUUUGUCAAUAAAGAUCUUGGCUUAUAAAUCGAUUCUACAGGAGAGAGUUAAAAAGUGUUGGACAGUUGUGGAUGCAAGAACCCUAAAAAAGGAUGAUGUACAAAAAGAAACCGUUUAUUGCUUGAAUGACGAUGAUGAAACUGAAGUUCCGAAAGACGACACUAUUCAAGGGUUCCGCUAUGGGAGUGAUAUCAUUCCGUUCUCUAAAGUGGAUGAGGAACAAAUGAAAUACAAAUCAGAGGGGAAGUGUUUCUCUGUUUUGGGAUUUUGUAGAUCUUCUCAGGUCCACAGGAAAUAUUUCAUGGGAAAUCAAGUUCUAAAAGUCUUUGCAGCAAAAGAUGAUGAGGCAGCAGCGGUGGCCCUUUCCGCCCUAAUUCACGCUCUGGAUGAACUGGCCAUGGUGGCCAUAGUCCGCUAUGCUUACGACAGACGAUCUAAUCCUCAGGUUGGCGUGGCUUUUCCUCACAUCAAGGACACCUAUGAGUGUUUGGUGUAUGUGCAGCUGCCUUUCAUGGAAGACUUGCGGCAAUAUAUGUUUUCAUCAUUGAAAAAUAAUAAGAAAUACACUCCCACGGAGGCACAGUUAAGUGCUGUUGAUGCUCUAAUUGACUCCAUGAGCUUGGUCAAGAAAGAUGAAGAGGCGGACACCAUUGAGGACUUAUUUCCAACCACCAAAAUCCCAAAUCCUCAAUUUCAGAGAUUGUUUCAGUGUCUGCUGCACAGAGCUCUGCAUCCUCAGGAGCCGCUGCCCCCGGUUCAGCAGCAUGUUCUAAAUAUGCUGGACCCCCCCGCUGAGGUGACAGCUAACUGUGAGAUUCCUCUCUCCAAAAUAAAGACCCUGUUCCCUCUGACUGAAGCCAUCAAGAAAAAGGAUCAACUGACUGCUCAGGACAUUUUCCAAGACAAGAGUGAGGACGGACCUACCUCUAAGAAACUGAAGACUGAGGAAGGGGAAGCCCACUUUAAUCUCUCCAGCUUGGCUGAAGGCACGGUCACCAAGGUUGGAAGUGUGAAUCCUGCUGAAAACUUCCGUGUCCUGGUGAGACAGAAGAACGCCAGCUUUGAGGAAGCGAGUCGCCAGCUAAUAAGUCACAUUGAACAGUUUUUGGAUACUAAUGAAACACCGUAUUUUAUGAAGAGCAUGGACUGCAUCAAAGCCUUCAGGGAAGAAGCCAUUCAGUUUUCAGAAGUUCAGCGCUUUAACAAUUUCCUGAAAGACCUUCAAGAGAAAGUGGAAAUUAAACAAUUAAAUCAUUUCUGGGAAAUCAUCAUUCAGGAUGGAAUUACUCUGAUCACCAAAGAUGAAGCCCCUGGAAGCUCUGUCACGGCUGAGGAAGGCAAAAAGUUUCUGGCCCCCAAAGAAAGUCCAAACGAAGAGAGAGCAGCCCUCUUUGAAGAAGGUGGUGACGUGGAUGAUUUGCUGGACCUGAUUUAGGUGCUGGAGGUGUGGGAUCGGCACAAACCAUCCUGACUGUCCUGCUGGGACCUCUACACCGAAGAGCCUGGAGGGGUCGAAGCUCUGGAGACAGUCUCUGAGGUUGCGCGAAGGAACCUCCUAAUUCUGCGUGUAAUGAGCACAUACACCUGAGGGGCAUUUAUCCGCGUACACGUUUAUAAAGUGUCCUUGUUUUCUGA